CCGUAUUGGCCAGAUAUUCUCUUCUCUCUUCUUUCCCUCUCCUCCUCUUUUCUCUUCUCCCAACGAAGCCUCUCCCAAGAAGCCCGACGCUCCUCCCCUUCCGCACCGCCUCGUUCGCCUCAUUUUUUGCAUCUUCCAUUGUCCGCGCCCCUCCCCCAAGUUUUCGCCACCAUGAAGGCAGCCCUGCUUCUCUCCGCCCUGGCCUCUUGCGCCAUUGGCGUCGUCGCCGCCGAGGACCUCAAGAUCGAUGUCACCCACGCCGUCGAGUGCGAGCGCAAGACCCAAAAGGGCGAUAAGCUGUCCAUGCACUACCGGGGCACUCUGCUCGCUUCCGGCAAGCAGUUUGAUGCCAGCUAUGACCGCAACCAGCCCUUCAGCUUCAAGUUGGGCGCCGGCCAGGUGAUCAAAGGAUGGGAUCAGGGUCUUCUCGACAUGUGCAUUGGGGAGAAGAGAACUCUCACGAUCCCCCCGGAGCUGGGCUACGGCCAGCGCAACAUGGGUCCUAUCCCGGCUGGUUCAACUUUGGUCUUUGAGACCGAGUUGCUGGCCAUCGAGGGCGUCAAGGCCCCCGAGAAGCCUACCGAGAAGCCCACCGAAGAGCCAGUGGUCGAGAAGGUUGCCGAAAAGGUGGCCAGCGUCGCUGCCGAGGCUGCUGAUGCCGCCAAGACGAUUCUUUCCGACACUGAUGAUACGUCUGAGACUCACGAGGAGUUGUAACGAGAUAAUGAUUUGUAAAUAGUACUAGCCUCUUCCCUUUUUUUGAGCCUGCAUAGCCGAUCUCGAACGUCAAAUGAAACGUUCCCUCGAAACGUUCCUCUUCGUUGUGUGGUGAACAAUAAUUCUAUCCAUGUUAAGCUUUGAUCAGCCGUCAGGAAUCCAUAAAUUCCCCGAAGCUAUAUACUUGGGAUGACCAUUGGGCUCCCAUCAUAUCUAGAUUCUCUCUAUACGUCAUAUUAUUGUCCCCUUUCA